AACGAUAGAAACAGUACCUGGAUAUACUCGGCUAAACAACAAUUGUUAUUUAUGUCAAAUUUCGCCAACAAUAACACGAGGAAACAAAACUUGCGUGGAUUAUCAAGAAAGCUAUUUAAUUUAGCGGAGAGGAAUCAGAACUUUUUUCUUACAAUGGGGAGGGAAUGGCCAGAGAAUAAACUAGGGAUGGUGACAGUUAGUGUCGGAAAGAGCAGAGCUCAACCAAUCAGACUGAAGCUCUCAACGGAAACACUAAUUCUACAGCGAGAAGAAUUAGUCUAUGUACAGUCAGAAAUUACACAAAAAGACCCUGCAAUUCUUUCUCGGAUCCGGGUUGUGAUGAUACCAAGAGAAAAGAAUGGUGGCCUGGGAGUGAGUGUGAAAGGUGGCGCUGAACACAACCUACCAAUACUAAUAUCAAGAAUAUUUAAAGACCAAGCAGCUGACAAAACGGGGAAAUUGUAUGUGGGUGACGCCAUAUUGAAAGUGAAUGGCGUAGAUAUGGAUGGAUGUACGCAUGAUGAUGCAGUUGCGGCAUUGAAGAAAGCAGGGGAUGAGGUUACAUUAAGUGUACGUUACUUCAGACCCGCAUCUUUAUUCUUAUCAAGAAAUCGCAGAAAUACCAGAACAGGCAGCGUGACCAGUCCAACCAGUGCUAGCGGAGAUGAGUCCGAUACGGGGACAUUAACCAAGCCUAAGCUAGAGAAACAAUGGUCUGACAUACUAUGCGUGCCCCUGCUCUUUGCCUACAUCACAAGAUAUCACCCUGGUACAGACAAAAUAAGACACAAUGCCUUUGAGGUGGUUGGCAUGGAUGGGGGUAGCUCUGGCACCAUACACUGUGACAACACUAUUACAUACCUAGAGUGGAUGAGAUGUAUCACUCACAAUAUUAACAUGCUCAAUAACCAUUCAAUCACCAUGUCAAACAAGCUAUUACUGCCAGCUGAGCAGAUUUGCUACAGUAAUUGGUCCCACAGAAAGUUUGAAAAACCAGAUUUUCAAGAUUUAAAGAAAAGGAUCAGUCACAUGUGUUGGACAUGUGAGAGACUGAUGGCAACACAUCACUGGCACAAUUGGAAACCUCAAUUCCUAGCACUGAAGGGAUCAGACAUCUAUCUGUUCGACUCACCCCCCUCCAGUACGCGGGACUGGACACGCUGCGAGAGAAUUUAUAAAAUAUAUGAUUGUAUGUUCCGAAUUUUAAAGGAUUCAGAACUCCAAGAUGAACGCCAACAUUGCUUCAGUAUCCAACAUGGAAGUGGAGAAACACAUUAUCUGUGCUCAGAGAGUAGACAGGAAUUACUGAAGUUGGAAAAAGAAUGGUUUAGGACAAAUUACAUGGCAGUGUUACAUCAGAGGAGUAAGACAUUUGGCUGCAGUUGGAGGGGAAGGAUAUCUGGUCUGACCCUUGAUAUGAAUAUGGGUUUCUCAUUAUAUGACAGUGAAACGAAGAGUUACAUGUGGAACUACAAGUUCUCCCAGUUGAAGGGAUCAUCUGAUGAUGACAAAACAAAGCUGAAACUGCACUUUCUCAAUGAGCAUACCAAACAAAUAGACAGCAGGGAAGUUGAAUGCAGUAACCUGAAGACAUUACUAUACUCCAUGCAUUCGUUUCUCUCAGCAAAGCUAGCAUCUGUUGACCCUUGCUUCUUACAAGACACCUAACAUAGUAUACAGCAUUGCAGUGGCUAUUUAUACACAUCUAAUAUAUGAGGCUAGGAAACUAGGAUUGAACUGCCUGAAUUCUGCCAGUUGAUUGGAUUUAACAGACUAAAUCCUGCCAUUGAUAGGAUUUAA